CAUAUAAUGACAAUUCUGCUUAUAAUAUGUAAAUAAAAGAGUAGUAAUAAAAAUCCUGAUUUUUAAAAUUGAAAUAUUUUGAAUUAUAUAAAUGUUUGCUUCAUCUUGUCCCUCUUUAGAAGGACUCUGCACUCUCACAAGUUUAUGCACGUGUUAUUAUCAUAUCACUUUCUGCAAUUCGAUGUCGCAUACAGUUCGAGAUGCAGCACGGUUCUCUGCUCGGGGGAGAGAUCUCGGAGCAGAGCAUGCCGAUCAGUCCCCUCCGAGUGGUCGGCGCGUCUACGUCUCUCGUGGAAAACACGAUGAAUGGCAACAAGUGCAUUUCGCCUGUUGAGAUCGGUGCCGUGACGAAUAGUGAGAAUACCAGACGAUUUGUCAAGAAAGAAACAGUGCGGAGGAUUAAGUCGAUCGUCGGACACGUGGGCCUGCUGAUCACUCUGAUGCUCUACACCGCGAUCGGCGGCCUGGUUUUCCGGCAGAUUGAACUUCCGGCGGAGCUUAGACGGCUCGAGCGUCUGCGCGCGAAAUUGCGUACGCAACGGUAUCACUUCGUAGAGUCCAUUUCGAACAACACGGACGUCUUCAAUCUGCAUACCUUGGUGAGCGUGAAAUUGCGCGCCUAUGAAGAAGCGGUUCAGGAAGCGGCGGAGGCGGGUCUCUUAGUUAGCUUCGUGACGGAUAUCAUCGAUCGGAAUGAUUAUUCCGAAUUGCCGCCUAUUGUGACAGAGAGAUGGAAUGUUUUUCAAGCGGUUUUCUUCGCCAGCACCGUCCUUACGACGAUCGGAUACGGCAAUGUUGUGCCUUCGACCAACUGGGGAAGGAUCUUCUGCAUCCUUUUCGCUUUCGUUGGUAUACCUCUUACUUUGAUAGUGAUCGCUGAUUGGGGAAAGAUAAUUGCGAGCGUAGUAGUGCACAUCGGGUUGAUGAUGAAGUCGAAACUUCCGUUUCGCGCGAAGCUUUCGUGCAUCAUCCCGACGAACGUGGCCGGUCGACGGUCACUCGGUGCCUGUGCCGCCAUCGUGCUGCUCUUCCUAUAUCUCGCUUGCGGCGCUGGUAUGUUUAUGCUGUGGGAGGACGACUGGAACUUUUUCGACGGAUUUUAUUUUUGCUUUGUGACCAUGACCACUAUAGGCUUCGGCGACCUCGUCCCAAAAAAACCAAAGUACACCUUAUUGUGUACCUUGUACAUCCUCGUCGGCUUGGCGUUAACCAGCACCAUUAUCGAGCUUGUCAGACGACAAUAUGCUCAAUCCUGGAGGAGGUUGCAAAGACUAAGUGGCCCAUUGGCUGAGACUCUCAGGAAACUCGGUGAACAGGCGGGCGACGAUAUGUCGGCGCUACACUCUGAUUUACGGAAAGUACUAACGAUCAUAUCUAUGCCGCGUCUGAGGUGGUCCACGGCCAUUGGCCAGGGUGACACAAAGGAUCAGAAUUGGGAGGAAGCCGUGGAAGCGGUAUUACGCGAUAUCGCGGCGUCCGCGACGGCACCGCCGCCAAAGAAGCCGAUCGUGCAGAUCGUCGUCUACGAGUCCAGCGUCUAGUUUAUUGUUUAACGAUGAACUUGAAAGAAUUCAUCGCGUCAAUUUCGCAGGUGUUCCCAAUUGAUCAUCGGAUCUUAUCGUGUCAAGGAUCUGGAUCAAAUGAGGAGAACGAACAUUGCAUUCACAAGUGCUUUGUACCGAUGCAGUGUACUCGACGAUGUAAAUUCGAUCCCACGACGCCGUUCAUGCUCGUUGAAGCAAAUUCAUCUGUGUUUAUUCUUAUAUUUGCUUUCGCUCCGGAUCCCUUAUGUUUAAUCCCUGGUGAAAAUUUUUCUUAUAAGUUUUGUACGCUAUAAAAAAAAAUUUAGGGUGGAAAAACUAACACACGUAGAAAAAUAUCAAUUAUAUUGCUAAGAAAAGCAUUUACUGAAUUUACUUAUUUUUUCUUAUAAGUAACGAUUAUCUUUGACAAUGACUAUUUUUUUGAUAAUUAUCUUAUAUUUAUCACAAAGUUUAGAAAAAUUCGUUAUCAUAUAACGAAAAAAAGGAUUUAUAUUCUUUCGAUAAAUAUUAUAAAAUUAUAUUGAAGAAAAGUCAGAAUAAUAAGUAAAUUUAAUGUUUUUUUUUUGUUAUUUAAUAUUUUCGAUUGAAGUAAUCAAUUAUUAGGAUUCAAAAUAUAUUUUGAAUAAAUUUGAUGCUUAUGAUAAACUCAUGAUAGAUAAAAAUAUACAUGUGAAUUUAUGAAAUAUUUGAAAUAAUAAGUAAUACUUAUGUAAUUCAAAUAUAUU